CCUUGGCGGUGUCUCCUUAUAACCACUCCGGAACGAAACCAUCACCUGAGCUGAGUGUCCGUUUGCUGUCAUUCUCCGGAGGGAAGCCUGCUGGUGCGAUCGUGGCAUCAGUCGAGUGGAGCAGCGGCAAGCGCUGUCCGUAUGUAAAUGAACCACUGCAGCCAAGUGUGUGCGUGUGUUUUUUUUCCACUUGAGGAUCUUCGUGGAUGAAGUGACUGUCCAGCCAAGCACUUCGGCGUGCUGAAAUUCAAGAUUAGUGCGGAUAGAGAUUCAAAAAAAGAAGCAGUUCAACGCGGAGAUUGUCAUCGCCUGGACUUGAGCACACUCCACUGGCCUUGAAGGUACACACACUGAGUUGGAGCAGCAGCAGCAGCUGAAGCAUAAGUUCAACAAGGUUUUUGCCGCCUCCUUACUGACCAUGUGGAGUGUGUGUGUGACGUUCCUGGCGGCGGCGCUCGCCUCCCUCACCUCGGGAGACACUGACGCCCACAGAGCGAAACACGACAGCAACUUUGAGCUCUAUAAGCGCUUGUUUGAGACAAAAAGAAAAGAUCAGCUCAACGCACUGAAGAAUCUGGUGGAACUGAACGAUAUUAACCAGCAAUAUAAGAUAAUCGACAUCAUGCUGAAAGGCCUUUUUAAGGUUUUGGAAGACUCCAGAGAAAUCCUGGUCUCAGCCAACAUGCAGCCCAAUGACCCGUUCCCUCUGGAUGAUAAAAUCAAAGAAGCUUAUUCCCACAUCGUGGAAAACACAGCAUUUUUUGGCGACGUGGCGCUGCGCUUUCCUCGCAUUGUUCACCAUUAUUUUGAUCGGAACGCUGACUGGAGUGGACUGCUUCGCUGGGGGCUUAAUUUUUGUAACCAGACUGGAGUUUUCACAGGAGGAGCCCAUCAACAUGUCCUUUCACUGAUGUCGCAGGAACUGGGAAUAAUCGAAAAAUCUCCAGACUUUAUCAACCCUUACCGGACAGAAAGAGAUGAUGUCCUUCACACUGCGGAGGCCUUCCAGAAGAUCCUGAGGGAGGAAGAGAAGAGGAGGAGGAAGGAGGAGAAGAGGAAAGAAAUCCGAAAAGGCCCUCGCAUAUCUCGCUCCCGCGGCGAGCUAUAGCAACGUACCUCAACAAGGCUUAGUGAAGAGGGAGAAACAAGAAGGGAACAAGCAAUUCAAGAAGGUUUACCUCGCAGACUCUGAUUACAGAGUAAGAAAAGUGGCCGUCACGAAAGACGUGUAUCGAGGAAGAUCAUACAAAACAUCGACGUGAUGUUUAAAAAAAAAAAAGGUAUUUUUGGGUGGGGGGGUUCAGAAUCGCUGUACUCUUUGACUGAUUUAUUAUGAGAUUAUCAUCAAGCAUUUAAGGUUACAAUAAGGUUUAAAUAUGUGUUUUGGAAUUAGGUUCGUGUAUGUUAUUGACUUCAAAGCUUUCCACCAGAUUGUGCUGUUUUGUCUAGAUUGACUGUCUAUUUUAAAUCCGUAUGACACUUUCAGUUUUGUUUUACAAGAAACCAAUGAAGAUACUUUCACUUUUGUUUUACAAGAAACCAAUGGCCAAACAAUGCCACACCUUUUCUCUGAGUAUGCUGUCUGCACAGUAUUAAUUUUCCAUUUUGGAUUUAUAUCAUUCUGACUGUUAAAAUAUGCACACCAGCCACAACAUUACUUUCCUGCUAAAAAGAAAAAAAAUAUGAAAGGGGGAAAAAAAAAACAGCUGAGUGAUCAAAUGUUCAGGUGUUUGGUUGUGCACUUGCUGCUGGACUUGCUGGCGAGAGCACAAAAACACAACAAAAACAUGCUGAUUAUUGAUGUAUUUAUAUUCUCAGCAGGGUGAGAUCCAAUGUAGACUGUGAAAGGCUAGAACAAGCCUGUGUUUGCAAAAAUGUCCCCCCACCCCCACCCAUUAUCUAGCUGAAUUAGGUAACCAAAACUACUUUUGUGAUCAAAUGCACAUCUGAAUAACUGUAAUCUACAUUACCUGUACCUUUCCUACAAUACUAAUGUAAACAUUCAAACUCAUGCAUUAGAUUCGAAUCUCCUUAGAAUGUGUAUCUCUGUUUUGCCCGAUGAAGGCAUAUUGUCACCACAGAAUGAACAAGCCAUUUAUUUAGGAUGAAAUGGAAUUAAAAAAAAAGUGACAGUUCUAAGUCUAA